GGGUGAGCCACUCCCACUCCCUCACCUGGCCCCAGCCACGCCAUUUACCGUUGGUGAAGACUGACCAGGCGGCCACAUCCCCUCGAGGUCCAGGUCCCAGUCCCGAGUCCCCCAACCUGAAAUUUCCCUUCAACCCCGUCGCGACAUCCCACACCCACGCCGUCCGCUUCUUGCUCUCCGCUGCCGUCGCCAUCGGCAUCGGCCCUCGUCGCUGCAGACUUUUUUGGCUUGCGCGAUUGCCUUUUCGUCGCUUCAUGCGUCUGCGCUGCCCCGACCGCGCGUAGAGCAAUCCCGCCGCCACUGCGCUUGUUUAUCCGCCCGGACGCGCCCCCUGGUCCUGUGUUUACCCACACCACUCUCGCUCCCUCGACCUCCCGCACCUCUUCCCCUCCGAACCAUCGUCAUACUUCGCUCCUCGACACCCGCCUGUCGCUGCUCAACACGUCCUUCGUCUUUUGCGCAUCGCGUCGUCGCGUGGCUGCACCAUGUUUUACUCCGAGACGCUCCUCCAGAAGAGCGGGCCGCUGGCCCGCGUCUGGCUUUCGGCCAACCUCGAGCGCAAGCUCUCCAAGAACCACAUCCUACAGUCCAAUGUUACGGAUAGUGUGGAAGCCAUCAUCACGCCUAAUCAGGCCCCCAUGGCCUUGCGACUGAGCGGUCAGCUUCUGCUGGGUGUUGUCAGAAUCUAUCAGCGCAAGACGCGUUACUUGUUGGAUGAUUGUAACGAGGCCAUGAUGAAGAUCAAAAUGGCAUUCCGAUCUAGCGGAAAUAAUGAUAUGGCCGUUAACUUGCAGAUCCCCAAUCGUGAAGCUCUCUUGCUUCCAGACCGCAUCACGCCUUACGAUAACUUCGAACUACCGCCUCCACCCGAUGCCUCAUGGCUCCUGUCCCAGGUUGAUGACGUGGCUACGAACCCCAUUAGCCGAAAGGGUCGCGUCAGCAACAACCGAGACAUCAACUUGCAGGAGGAUUUUGACAACAGCCAGUUCCUCACUGACAACCUGGGCAUGGAUGAGGACGUCUUGGGAGCUAUGGAUGACCUUGAGCUUGAGCUCGACUUUGGAAUCGACAUGGAUGGAGGCCCUAGCCAAAGUAUCGAAAUUGGUCGACGCGCACCGACACCAUUAGCGCCGGAGGAUGACAUGUUCAGUGAAUUUGAUAUCCCCGUAAAGGACGGCGCGGAGGACACUGCCCUAGACCUGGGCGGUGAUGGCGUUAUGAUCGCGGAUGAAGAGGGAGACAUUAACAUGGACGAUAACUUUCAGUUCAACCCCGAUGACCAAUCGGCGAUGCCUGAGAUGGCUGCCGCCCCUCAAUUCGGCCGUGGCCGCAUCUCCGAAUCGCCUCUCUCUGACAUCGAUGAGGACUUUGCGAAGGAAGUCGAGGCGGAGUAUACUAUGCACCACCAGACCGAUCUUUACGAGCCGGAUGAUGAGAUGGAGCAUACUCUCGUCCGACGACCCGCUCAGCGCGCCAAGAAGCAGAAGAUUCUUACCCCCGACGACGAGAUCGCCCUUUCCAGCAACCACAUCAAGCGACAACAAGCAAACCGCGAAAACAUCAUCAAGGCUGCUUCCUUCCUUCCUCGUGAUCCCUUCUUGCUGGCCUUGAUGGACAUGCAAAAGAACGGUGGCUUUGUUUCCUCAAUCAUGAUGGAGGGGCGAAGCUCUGCCUGGGCUCCCGAACUCCGGGGAAUGCUUUCCCUGGAUGCCGUUCGUGGAAUGAAUGAGCUCAAGCGAAAGCGUGACAGUGGAAUCGCUGAUGUCGACAGCGACCAAGGUGCCUCCAAAUCGCCUCGUCUGGAGCUUGGUGAUGACACUGACUUUGGCCUUGAUGGUGGUGCUAUGGGUAACCAGAGCAUGGCUGCCGAUGGCACUAUCCUCGAAAUCCCUGCCGAUGAUGGUAUGAUUCCCGGCGAUGGUGACCAUGCCGAGCGUGAAAUGGGCAGCCCCAUGCCCAACUUUGAUGACACCACUGCACCUCUCGUGCACCCCGCUGACAGCGGUCCCGUGUCUCUCGGUACUAAGCAUGCCGUUCACAUCCUCCGUGAUCUCUUCGGCGCCGACGCUGCCUCCAGCCCCGACAAGCGAAAGCAAACAUCGGUUGUCUUCCAGAAACUUCUUCCCGAGAAGCAGACCACUAAGGCCGAGGCUACUAAGAUGUUCUUCGAGUGCCUGGUUCUCGCUACGAAAGACGCGAUCAAGGUCGAGCAGGGCUCUGGCCUGGGCGAUGACAUCCGGGUACGAGGCAAGCGAGGUCUCUGGGGAGACUGGGCCGAGAAGGAAGCUGGUGGUGAGAUCGCACACGAAAACGAGCCCGAGCCCGCUGCAGUCAGCGCCCCUGCUGUUGCUGUGUCGGCGUGAUUGGAUACAAGACCGCGUCAUAGUGUUGGCAGUUUAACGAAGACUCAAAGGGCGGCAUGUUUGGUCAUGUAAAGUAUUGGAUUCAUGCAUUCUGGGGCAGUUGGCUGUCGAGGUCGCCCAUCUGGCGUUGCCGGCGUUUAAGGAGAUACCAUGGCAUGUGGGACUCGGAUCAUGGUUCGGGAAAAGGGGAAUUGUGUGCGGACCGACGUCGAACGUCAUUUUUAUUUGUCAGAGAGACUUCUUGGUUUCUCUGUAGGUCGGAAGAACUCAGACUAAAGGUAUACAAUGAAUGAGAACUGUUUGAAAGU